AUGGAAGAACUCGUGCUCUACGGUGCUGUGCCCCGGCCAGAUGAUUCAACAACAACUGCCAAUAAUACCUCUUCUUCUCUUCCACCCCCUACACACCCGUUAACCGUGCUAGCAGUCCACGACCUGCGCCGUGGUACACCAGUCCAUGCCUUUAAGAAAGCCGCGCUACCUGUUCCGCCGGCUGCCGGGUCCUCUGCUCCUGUUGACGCGUCCUUCACACGGGUGUGUGCUCCAGUUGCCAACGCUGCUCACCUUUCUGUCUACUCAUGGGCUCGUGAAGCCCCAGACCAACAACUUGUGGUUCCUGAAAAACUUGCAUCUGUCCGAGUCUCACCCUCGGGCAUUUGGCUGGCCGCCGGUGCUGCCUCCGGCCGUUUUUACCUCUGGGAAUCUGCAUCAGGUUCUCUGGUCGCUGUUCGCGAUGCCCAUUACCAGGCCCUCACACAUAUUGAGUGGGCCGCCGAUGAGUCGUUUGUAGUAACGGCCGCAGCAGAUAAUCGAGUGCGCGCGUGGCGUCUCACAGACCUCGUACGCGAAUCUAGCAGUACUAAUACUAGCACGGAUGCUGCCGCGAAACCCGCAGCUGAGUGGACAGGUCAUAAUUUCCCCAUAACUGGGCUCUGUUUAGGAUACGGGCCUGCCAGUGCGCCAGGACUGCGCGUUUACUCGUCAUGUGCAGGCAACACUGUGCGUAUCCACGAUCUUGAACUGGCACUGGCUAGCCCGAAAACUGCAGCAAAUUCAGACUUUACACUUGUGUUCCCUGCGAAAGUCACAUCUCUAGCUGUUGAUCCUGCUGACCGUGCAGUUUAUGCUGGACUGGCAUCUGGAUCGAUUUACUCAGUCAGCCUGUAUACCCCCUCUGCCUCUAUACUCUUUAAAAAUGCAUCCAACGUGUUGACCAUUGACGACUCUACGGCAUCUUUUGCUGCUCCUGUUUGGGCUUCUCCUGUUCAAGGCACCGCCGUCACUGCACUUGCUCUUUCGUUUGAUGCCACUGUACUCGCUGCAGGUACCGCCGACGGAGUGGUCACAAUAAUUGAUCUUCCAACACAAACAGUAUCACGCACUCUCCCACGUCAUUCAGGACCCAUUACUGCACUACGGAUUGUUUCUAGACCAAUGCCACAAGCACAUACCCAGCUUCACCGCGGUAAAGUGUCAGCCGUUGCACUAACCCCGGAGCAGACUACAGACUACCAUCGUUUACCCCAACUUAAGCGUUCGCUUGAUGUGGAGACUUCUCAUGAUGUUUGGAUUAAUAUUCCAGAUAAUUUCAAUGAAAAUGAAGAAGACGAUGCCUUUAAGGCUGUCGACUCUAUGCUAGAGUCUAUGGGCCGCGGUGCCAGUGAGUUUGGAAGUGAAACCUCCGAAAGUGUGCUCCGAACACGUCUCCAAAAAGUUGAAGAGGAAAGCCAGCAGCUACGUGCCAUGUACUCGGAGCUUUCGUCUAUGCAUGCUGCUUUAUGGAAAAUUCAUCAAUCAAAAUAG